UGGGUCUCGUCUCCGGAUCGUCGCUGUCCUCAGCGCCUGCACUCUCGCGGGGCACUUCAUCCUGAGCCAGCUGCUGCUGCUGCGGCUGGGGCUGGGGCAGCUGUGGCGGCGCCUGGCAGGCUCCGCCAGCCCCCUGGGAGCGGGGGAUGGGCUCCGGGCGCGGAGAAACUCCCUCAACAUCCAUCUCCAUCUUCCCAUUCACUGGAGGGCAAGACAAAAGCGGAGCAGAGACUUGGCAGCGGCGCCCGGCGGCUCCUCAGCUGCCGGUGGCACGCAUGGCUCGCCGAGGAGGGGCCGCCUCCCGCGCGCCCUCCCUCCUGCCACCCUUCGCCGGCUCUCCCCGCAGCUCCGCUCGCCUGCUCGGCUCCGGCACUGGCGGCGUCUGAGUCGCGGAGCGCAAGGAGCGGUUGGCCUCGUGUCCUUGGAGCGGUGGCCUUCAGGCGCCCCCGGCAGUCCCGCUAAGCAGAGCGCAUCACCGCGGCGGCAGCGGCGCCUCCCAGCCGCGCGCCCAGCAGCGGGGCGCUCCGGGACUUGCUCUCCAGCCCGGCCUCCCGAUCCUAGCCGCUUGCCAGCGUCUCCUGGGGCCCCUCGGCGUUUCCCCUCCCUUCCAACCUUCUGAACAAAGUUUGAAGAACAAACCAGAUCGCCAGGAUCUGCCCAGCGAAACUGGCAAGAAUAGGGAAUGUCAGGUGUAAGUGAAAUCUACCCUUCCUGCCCGCUGACCAAGGGCCGACCCUCUCCCUUGCCUCCUCCCCAACAUAAAGGAGCCCAAGGAAUGAGCGCGUUCCGACCUGUGCGAGGUGGCGGCGGCGAGGACUAGAGAGGAGCUAGCGGAGCACUGGUGCGCCCACCCCCAACCCUAGGGGACCCCCGGCUGGACCUGCCCUCCCCCGCCUCUCCCGGCCGAGCAUGUCUCCGGGGUCAGUCCCUCCGGGCGUGCGUGUGAGUCUCCCAGAGCUCAGCUCCCGGGUCUGCUCCGCUGCUGGCGACUCCGCGCCGCACAGCCCCGCAUUGGGGAUCUGGAGUAGAAAGGGAGAAUCAACUGGCAAAUUCCAGGCAGUAAAUUGACCUACCCUUGCCUUCGACAGGAGCGUGGGUUCGACCCGGGAAGGGGUGGGGCCCCGCGGGGACCGAGAGGACACGAAUCUCACGGCGCGCUGGAGUUUGGCGU